AACAUUUCGGGUGAGUCGAUUUUCACUAUUCUCGUUUCACUUGUGUGCUAACUGAAAUUUAAUCAGCUUUUACGGUGAACUAGUACCUUUUAAUUGCUUUGCCUUUUGAUAUGGCUAAUGUGAAUGUAACAGCCACUAUUGAACCCUAUCGUAAGGGUAUGCCUUUUGGCGAAUGGGUCGAAAGAUUAGAAUUUUAUUUCACCUUGAACGAUGUUGUCGAUGAGGCUAAAAGAGCAUAUUUUGUAACCCUCAGUGGUCCGGUAAUAUUCCACGAGUUAAAGUUACUCUUCCCAACUAGAAAUUUGGUUACGGUGUCCUACGAUGAUAUGAUCGCCAGGUUACGGACCAGGUUAGAUAAAACUGAAUCUGACCUGAUCCAAAGAUUAAAAUUCAACAAUCGCAUGCAACAACCGGAUGAAUCAGUUGAAGACUUUGUUCUGUCGGUCAAGCUACAGGCAGAGUUCUGCUCUUUUGGCGAUUUCAAAGAUCUCGCUAUUAGAGAUCGUAUUUUGGCGGGGGUGCGUGAAAAAUCCCUCCGAGGAAGAUUAUUAAAUGAGGAAAACCUUACUCUUGCCAUAGCAGAAAAAAUUAUUGCAACCUGGGAGCUAGCCGGUAAAAAUGCAAAAAAUUUGAAUAGUAAUAACGAAGACCAAUAUGGUCAGAUAGUUUCAAUGCAACAAGCUUCCCCAAAGAUAGGAUCAGCUAUGAAUAAAUUGAUGGCAGUUUGUAACGCAGUUAAUGCAAACAACGAAAGGGAACAUUUAAAUUCGCCUCGGGUACCUCUUAAGGAACGAUUGGGUUACAAGCCAUAUGACCAGAAACUCGACCACACUGUUAGAUCAAGAGGACAAAGCUGGAGAGAAACGGAAAAAUUUCGACCUGGUGAGUGGAGACAGAAGCUGAGCUAUGCGGACGUGAUUUGCCACUUUUGCGGGAUGAAGGGACACGUGAAGCGCAAGUGCUUCAAAUUGAAAAACAUGAGGCGAGGAGCAGUUAAUCUGGUGAGCCAGUAUCAGUCGGGACCAAGUGACGAUCACAGCAUCUCAGAUUUACUAAGCCGUAUGCGGACGGAGGACUCAGACAGCGAUAAUGAAGAUACAGGUGAUUUACUAUGCAUGAUGGUUUCUUCCAUUAACAAAAUAAGCGAUCCAUGUCUAAUUGAAUUAAUUGUUGAGGGUAAAAUUCUUAAGAUGGAAGUUGACUGUGGGUCAUCCGUAUCGGUUAUUGGUAAAAAUCAAUAUUUUUCGAUUUUCAAUGAACCCUUAAGUAAAUGUACUAAACAACUAAUGGUAGUUAAUGGGCAAAAACUAAAAAUUGGCUUCGAGGCCGAGUUGGAGCUGAAGUCUGACGUUCCUGUAUUCAAAAAAGCGUAUGAUGUACCGUACAGAUUGAAGGAAAAAGUUAUAAAUUACUUGGAUAGAUUAGAAAAGGAAAAAGUGAUUACACCUGUUAAGACCAGCGAGUGGGCUUCUCCGGUAGUAAUUGUGAUUAAAAAAAAUAGCGAAAUAAGGAAGGGACAAGGAACAAUGUAA